AUGACCGGACCCUUCGCGCUCCUCCCGGGGAUGGCCAGGGAGGAGCGGAGGGAUGAGAUCGCCUUCGGCGGCUCCCCCCGGCGAUGGCGAAGGGAGUCCGGACCUCUCCGUGCCGCUCCCAGCGGGGAUGGAGACGGCAGUCCGGACCCCUGGAGCGGCUUUUCCGGGGGGUGGCGAGGGAUGGCUGGACGGACCCCUGGGUGGCUCCUCCCGGGAAUGGCGAGGGGGGAGCGGAGCCCCGGGCGGUUCCUCCCCGCGAUGGGAGGGGGGACCCGCUGCCGGGGGCGGCUUUUCCCAGGGAUGGCGAGGGAGGAGGGGACCCCUCGGGCGGCCCCUCCCGCGGAUGGCGAGGGGGUGUCCGACCUCACCCAGCGCCUUUUGGCGAGGAUGGCGAGGGAUGCCCCGGCGGUCCCUGCCGGGCUGGGGGGGCUGGCGGCGGCAGCCCCGCCUCCCGCAGGUGCCGGCGCGGCGGGGGCCGGGGGUGACGUCAGGCGGGGCGGGCUCGGUGCCGGUGCCGGUCGGGCCAUGGCGGAGCCGAGCGCGGCGGCCCCGGUGAGUGCGGCGGCCCCCGAGCCCCGCCGGAGCGGGGGGAGCCGGGCGGGGGCGGCGGGCGGGUCCGGGUCCGUGCGGGAGCGUCCCCGGGAGCGGUGCCGGUGUUCGCCUCGUCCUUCCCGUGCCGCGGAGCCCCUUCCCCCGGAGCAGAGGGAUUCCGAGCCGCUGCGUGCGCGGGCGAGCGGGGACACCGGCAUUGCUGCGCCGCCGUUCCACACGGGCUCGGUGGGUCUUUGUGUGUCCUGCGGGCUUGUCCGGGCGCCGUGCGCCCGUGUGCGCCCUGUCCGUGUGUCCGUGCGCCCUGUCCGUGUGUCCGUCCGUGUGCGCCUUGUUCGUGUGCCUCCUGUCCGUGUGUCCGUCUGCGCCCUGUCCGCAGGCGGGCAGCCCACGCCGUGCCGCAGCCCGCACCCGCAGCUCGCACCCGCACCCGCACCUGCACCCACAGCCGCAGCCCGCACCCGCAGCUCGCAGCCCGCACCCGCAGCCCGCAGCCUCAGCCCGCACCCGCAGCCCGCACCCGCACCUGCACCCACAGCCCGCACCCGCACCCGCAGCCCGCAGCCUCAGCCCGCACCCACACCCGCAGCCCGCACCCCGCACCCGCAGACGCACCCGCACCUGCACCCGCAGCCCGCACCCGCACCCGCAGCCCGCAGCCUCAGCCCGCACCUGCACCCGCACCCGCACCCGCAGCCUCAGCCCGCACCCGCAGCCCGCACCCGCACCCGCACCCGCAGCCUCAGCCCGCACCCGCAGCCCGCAGCCCGCACCCCGCACCCGCAGACGCACCCGCACCUGCACCCGCAGCCCGCAGCCUCAGCCCGCACCCGCACCCGCACCUGCACCCGCAGCCUCAGCCCGCACCUGCAGCCCGCACCCGCACUUGCACCCGCACCCGCACCCGCACCUGCACCCGCAGCCUCAGCCCGCAUCCGCACCCGCACCCGCACCUGCACCCGCAGCCCACACCUGCACCGCACUUGCACCCGCACCCGCACCCGCACCUGCACCCGCACCUGCACCCGCAGCCUCAGCCCGCACCCGCAGCCUCAGCCCGCACCCGCACCCGCACCCGCACCCGCACCUGCACCCGCACCCGCACCCGCACCCACAGCCCGCACCCGCAGCCUCAGCCCGCACCCGCACCCGCAGCUCGCCGCCGCGCUCCCCGGCUCCUCGGGGCGUUCCUGGGGGCAGGAGGCAGCAGGGAGCGGGGCAGGGGGCUCCGGGGACUGUGCCCACCGCGGGUCCCUGCGCACCUGGGGACAGAGCUGUCCCCAGACACGGGCGAGGAGCCCGGAGCCUCGUGUCCGGCAGCCUGUCCUCUGUCCUGAGCCCUCGUGUCCGGCAGCCUGUCCUCUGUCCUGA